UCCUUGCCCUGAGCUUGUUGCCUGCCUCUCACCUGUAUUCAGACACAACUCUGACCUCGCUGUGGUUAGUUAGGCCUGACGCCGGCGGAGCCUCCUGGGAGUCUCUUUUUGCCCAAGAUCGCCAGCCAGACCUGCCCGCCAUGUCGGCUGCGCCCAGCCUCCUGCACCAGGAGCUGUCCUGCCCGCUGUGUUUGCAGCUUUUCGACGCGCCCGUGACCGCAGAGUGCGGCCACAGCUUCUGCCGCGCCUGCCUUAGCCGUGCGGCGGGAGAGCCGGCGGCGGACGGCACGGCGCCCUGCCCGUGCUGCCAGGCACCCACGCGGCCGCAGGCGCUCAGCACCAACCUGCAGCUGGCGCGCCUGGUGGAGGGGCUGGCACGGGUGCCGCAGGGCCACUGCGAGGAGCACCUAGACCCGCUCAGCAUCUAUUGCGAGCAGGACCGCGCGCUCGUGUGCGGCGUGUGUGCGUCGCUGGGUUCGCACCGCGGCCACCGCCUGCUGCCUGCAGCUGAAGCCCAUACACGCCUCAAGGCACAGCUCCCACAACAGAAGCUGCAGCUGCAGGAGGCAUGUAUGCGCAAGGAGAAGAGCGUGGCUGUGCUGGAACAUCAGCUGACGGAGGUGGAGGAGACAGUGCGCCAGUUCCAGGGGGCUGUGAGGGAGCAGCUGGGCAAGAUGCGGGAGUUCCUGGCUGCUCUGGAGGGCUCCUUGGACCGUGAAGCAGAGCGUGUGCAGAGUGAGGCAGGGGUUGCCUUGCGGCGGGAGCUGGGGAGCCUGAACUCUUACCUGGAGCAGUUGCAGCGGAUGGAGAAGGUGCUGGAUGAGGUGGCGGACAAGCCUCAGACUGAGUUCCUCAUGGUGAGCACCGGAUGAUCUUCCCUCUGCCCCCCUGGCCAGGGUUCAGGCCCUAGAGACCUCAUCCCGUGGUCAGACAGGGACCCU